AACUGCUACGAUAAUAUGUCAAAAAUCUUGCUGGAAAAUUCUUUGUUCGUGUAUUUUUUGCGAACAUCACUAUAAUAUUAUGUUGGUUGUGUUUAUAGAACCGUGUCUCAUUCGUGUGUGCGGAAAGCUAUCGGCCGACACGCCAUGGAAUCAAGGUUUCAGAAAGCUGUAUGUUUCCGAAGAUUGCCAGAUAUGAAGAUAAGAGGCUUGCUUUAAGUCCAAAAAGGCAGAGACCUCAAGCUUCUUUACGUAGGAAACCAGCUCCCAAAGUAGACCCGCCUGUCAAAUCUGAACCAAAACCUAGUUCCAAUGAUGCUAAAACUUCUAAAGGUCCGGCCAAAGUCAAACCUGCAGUUCCAGAAAGCACAGCUACUACUAGAAAACCAGAAAUAAAGAAGCCAGAAGAUAAGAAGGAGGUUCUACUACCUGCCCGAGUGCCGCAGGAAGGGCACUAUGAACUAAACGCGCGCAUGACUAAGAUGGUCGAAAGGGAACUACAGGAUAUUAUGAUCAAGCUGUGGCAAGAACUCCCAGACAAUCCCACGGAUGAGACCGAAGCUGUAGUAGUCGACAAACUAAGAAAUAAGGCAGGUGACGACUUGAGAAAUGUAUUGGGCUUAAACAUCACGAAAAGACUGUUGAAUGUUCACAACCCGCUUUAUGUAAAGGUACAAUUCUCGGGUAAGCCAGAGAAGGUGCAUCUGGGUGAAUUCCUUAAGAAAUACAACUUCAAUGCUUUUAAACGCAUAGAGCAGACGGUGAACAUGUUUGCGGCGCAAGUCAAGACUAUUAAUGACUUUGAUCGACUAUGCAGCGCUAAGGAUAUACGAUGUGGUGAUAUAAAAGUGUUUGUUAACCCUAUCUACAAGUUUACAAAAUGCCCACAAAAUCUCGUCACUAGCUUUUAUGAUAAAGAAGAGGACACAAGCGAUGAAGCUGCAGAAGUUGUUGAUAAAAGCAACGCAAAAACGGAAGAAAAUAAAUCUCCCGAGAAAGCUAAACCAAGUGAAAAAGUCCCUGAAAAGACAGAGCCAAACAAAACUGAAACGGUUAAGCCAGCAGAACCUAAAAAUGUUGUUAACAAACCUGCUAUUGAGAACAAACCCGAGAGUAAGGCAGCUGUGAAUAAACCAGUUGUUGAAAAUAAAGCUACCGCUAAUAAGCCUGCAGAAAAUAAAGCCGUGCCUAACAAUACUGCUGUGAAUAAAUCUCCCGAAAAGCCAGCAGCACAAAAUAAGAAUGUUGUUAACAAACCAGCAGAAGCAAAGACUACAGUUGCAAAUAAUGCUACAAGUAAUAAGCCUGCAGUUGGAAAUAUUACAAGUAACAAGCCUGCAGCUGUAAAUAAAAGCAAUGAUACUAAGGCAUCAGUAGAAAUCAAAGAAGUUAAGAAGCCUCAACCUAAUACUAAAAUCAAUGAUACAGAGAAAAAGGCAGCUCCAACACCAACGAACAAUGAAAAAACUGGACCAAAACGAAAAGAAAAAGAUUUUGAUGACAAUGAUGAAUUGGAUGAUCAUGAUAUCCUAGCCUUAAUGUCUGAAGGAAUCAUAUUAGACGAAUGUAGUGGAUCUGACGAAGAAUAGAUAAGUAAAAUAAAUUAAAAUAACUCGUAAGUUUAUUACAAAAAAGCACUGCAUACCCUAGUCCUAGAAAAGACUAACCUGAAAGCUUUUUUAAUAAUAAGUUACGUUAUCGUCACAAUUUGGUGUAAAAUAUUUAAAAAUAAAACAAUGAUUCAAA